AGGCAAAACAAUCUUUUUAUCCUUCUAACCCGGGCGGCUUUUGGAUAUCCUGGGCUGCGGUUUUGACGGCAGCGAAGGAAAAAAAAAAAAAUUCACAUGUAGACUAGAAUAGAAGUUACGUCUCAGAGAGCUCCUAUCAAACUGCGACAAUCCUGAUAAAUGUAUCUGACUCUCGCGAUUUGCACUAAAACCUACAGAAAUCCGUCAUUCUUCCUCUAGUCUCCACUCUCCCUGACUGAAUAUGGAGUCAAAAUGCAUUUUGGAAAAGUCGUCGGUCGGGGCAGGCGUCGGCGGUGUGGUGGACUUCAAUUACCGCCCGGGCCGCUACAACAGCCGGGUCCCGGUAAUGGAAACAAGCAGCUACAUACCGGGGCCCAUUUUUUACAAAAACUUAACGGACGGAGGCUCGACGGUGGCGGUCAAACACGAGCGAACUUCAUCCGCCGGGAGCGGGCACUCACUCGGUGGCGGAGUAUUACAAGACGUGGAAAAAACAGGCCUCAGAGACCAAAAAGACAUAAUUUCAACUGGGAUCCUGAAGAGGGCCACUCCAACACUCUGUCUUGGCACGGGCCGACAGUUACCAGGCAGCUCCAUAAGUUUGGACAUCAGAAACCCAGGAAAACAGGCAGAGCUGGCCAACAGCUUCAGGGCAGUACAGGGGCAGAAUGUCCCACAGGCAGAGACACAACCCCUUUCCUCCUCCCACAUCCCAGUCCCAAGAAACGGGAAUCCUUCAGGCCACGCUGAUAAGGAGGUGAUGGCUGCAGCGGUCUUGACCUCACUGUCUACAUCCCCGUUGGUGCUCUGUCCUUCCUCUGUACCCACAGAACCAGUCAGCAAACCAUGGAAAGAUGUGCUUUCUGCGAGUUACAGCAGCUCAACAAGCGGUAACUGGAGCUGGGAUGCCAGUGACCAUUCGGUGCCCUCCACACCUUCUCCACCUCUCUCCAAAGAUGCCAAUCAGAGCUUUCUGCACUCAGCCCAGGGAGAUGAUGCAAAUGAGGAUGUCUCAGAGAGCACACAUUUUAUGUUUGAGGACCCCAUUCCCCGCAAACGAAAGAACUCCAUGAAGGUGAUGUUUAAGUGCUUGUGGAAGAACUGUGAAAAGGUCCUCAGCACCUCCUCAGGGAUCCAGCGACAUAUCCGCACCGUCCACCUGGGGCGAAACAGUGACUCAGAUUACAGCGAUGGAGAGGAGGACUUUUACUACUCAGAGAUUGAAGUCAACAUGGACAGCCUAACAGAGGGCCUGUCCAGCCUCACGCCUACCUCUCCCACCACGGCCGGUCCACCGCCCAUCUUCCCCCUGCCACUGAGCGACGUGUCCCGUACUGAGUACGUCAGUGUGAACGGUUCCCAGGGCAACCUCUCAUCACUGCUCAGUCAGUCGGCUCCCUCCGCCCUCUGCCACAUCCGUACCGACCACGCCUACCAGGCCACCGCUCCAGUGAGUAUCCCAGUGGGUCCUGAGCUGGCUGGGAUAGGCAGUGGUAAUGGGAUCGGGCCUGGAACUGGGACUGGGAAUGGCAUCAGUGUGUCUUGGCAGCCCCCUCCUGUCAUUUUUAAAGGCGCCCUGGGCCCUGUGACACAUGUUCGCACCGUUAGCAUCGGUGAAAAGCGGCAGCCAGCAACCAGCACGCACACCCCUGUUAACAAGAACCACGCUUUAAUAACACCGGCAACUAAAUCAGCACCAGGAACCAGGAAACCCCGUGGGGAAGCUAAGAAGUGCCGAAAGGUGUACGGCAUGGAGAAGAGAGACAUGUGGUGCACAGCCUGUCGAUGGAAAAAAGCCUGUCAGAGAUUUACCGACUAAUCCAGUUGCCUUCCACUGGUUCUGGGAGACGAGCUCCUCCUCGCUCGCAGUGACAGCGAGGUUGACUUCUUUCUUUUCUUUUUCUUUUUUUUUUUUUUUUACCACAGAGAAGAGGAGGGCAAAGUUCUCAGUGCUGCUUCCUCUGGACCAGCUGGGAGAAAGAGUUGCCUUAUUUCUUUUCUGUUCCCCAUCACAAUGAGAAAAGAAUAACUUUAUCCACUUCUGGAGAUGUUUUCUAAGACAGUCACUCACGGUCAAAUAAGGAAAACAAAUUUAAUGCUGAUCAGAUUUUUGUUUUUUUCCCCACUUCCUAAACUCAAAACAGAGUUUGAAGAGUACAAAUAAGCUUUUUGUUAUACCCUUGUAAGAGCAUUAUGUAAGCUACUUUUUAUUUGAUGGGCCGUGGCUCUUCUCUGAGGUUAAACGGUUAACAAUGGAUGUGCUCAUUGAAAUCACUGUAGCGGAUCUGUUUCUCAUCGUCACCUUUUAGGGGUCUGCAUCAAAUUGCCAGAUUCUCAAGUUACAGUUAUCAGUUUUAAAAUAAGAUCUAACAACACUGUGCUCUGCCUUUUUACUGGAAAUCUAGACUGCAAAUUGAAUACUCAGCUUAGCAACAGACAAUGUAUUCAUUUGGCUGAUUUCUAACAGCCUGCUACACUUUUUUUAGAUCAGCAUAACUGCACUAAAUCAUUCACAACGCGUGGUACAGAGUUCUCCUUUGACUUCCCAAAAUAUUUUGGAAAGAUGCACACAGUUUAUUAAGCAAAUAUGCCCCAUCCUUUUAUACAUGCAUUAUCUUUUAAAGUAUCACUGUAACCCCGGUUUGCCCCAGAGAGUAGUAUAUAUAUUACCUAUGUAGUUUAUUUUCAGCAGUAAGCAGCUGAAUCAACUUGCAUUUGCAUGGUGCAAUCAGAGGAAUGACAGCAUUUAGGUUUUUCUUGCUAUGUUGUUUUUAGUCAUGAGUUGAAGCAGAAAUGCUUCUUUUAAACAGCUACAGCUGUUUUUCAAAAGAUUGUUGCCCACCGUAUGUUAAUUGUAACUGCCCCAGUCGGACUGAUAACUCUGAAUUCAAAAAGAAAACGUAGAGAUUGUAUUCUAAACAUCUUGAUUUAUAGACCCAUCUCUUACAGUUUUCUGCAAUAAGCUGGUUUGUAGGUUUUAUAGUAAGCAGAGAUGCAUCGGUGCAACGCUUUGUUGCUGGUUUCCAAACUCAAGUUUUCGUAGAGCUUCAAACUGCCCAGAUAGAUAUAAAAUUUUAGUUCUCUGAGAAUUUUUUUAAUACAAAAGCAUUGAAAAUGAUUAUAUUUAUGUCAUACAUUUUUAAGUUUAAAAACCGAUUUUUACUAAUGAACAGCAAAAUAAAAAAAUUUCAUUAGAGUCACAGGUUGAAAGCUCCAACUUAUCAAAUUGAGCAACUUUUCUGUGUAUUAUUCUUUUCCAAUCAAAAGAGAUGGAUUAAUUUGAUUUACUUAAAAAGUUGCAAAUACUAUACAAUGACCUGCUCAUUUUGUUUCUGAACAUCUUUCCAAAAUUACUAAUAUCUUCACUCAGCUAUAACCUCCACACUGAAGUGUGUUGUCAUCUGUUUAACCUGGUUAAAAUCCCCAGCAGUCGAUCUGCUGAUCUUACUUUUGAAGUCAGGAUUUAAAUCAGCAGUUAAAGCUGAAAAGGAUCCAUUUCCACUCACCAGCCGAUUUAUUAUCCGGUGCAUCUCUUACAAUAACUGUCAACCAGCAUUACAUCAGCUGUAAACACCAUCUUGCAGAGGUGGGUUUUGCAAGAGUUUAAUUUUUUUUUACUAAAACAGUCUUACUUGUUUAGAAUAAAGAUUUUAAAUGUCUGAGAUGACGAAAAUAUGGGCAGGUUUUUACAAAGUGUAGAUAAACAACAGAUGGUAAAUGUAUUUAGUAAUAUGUACAUUGAAAAUAGUUGAUUUUAUAUCACAUUUUGCUCCCCGAUUCUUUUUUAAAUAGAAAUCCAGCACAAAGAAACUUAUUUGCUAAUAUAAAAAAAUGCUGUCCACCUCUUUAAAAUCUUUUUUUUUAUCUCUUAAGUAAAAUGGGAAAAAAAGCACUUACAAUUGGCAUUUAAAUGUGGAUAGAACACCUUUAAUACCAAACAAGAAAAAUCUUAGAAUCUAGUAGCAAUCCAAAUCCUUACAGAAUAGUUUAAUCUGUAUUUUCUUAUGCUUUGUAGAUUUCCCAUGAGUUGGCUCAAUCAGUUUUCAACUUGUGUAAGAAAAUACUCUUUUUCUUUUUAUCCUCUUUCUUUUAAUUGAUACUCUAAUUCUGAGAAAAACAGAAGAAUGAACUGAUGAACUAUUUAUUCCUGUAGUCCUUAAAUCUUUAAGUAGCCAAUGUGGCUUUAAAGUGUGUAGAAAUUACACAACCCACCCAACCCCCUUCUUCAGAGCUUUGAUUUAGAUAUGAAAAUACAAAAAUCUUUUUCUUUGUGUGAUCUUUCAAGGUGUUUGCAGAGACGCAGUCGUGUCAGUAGAUGUAAAUUUAUAGAGACAUUUAUGCUGCACAUUAGCCGCCUUCCUAUCACAGAUUCUGCUGCAUGUCUUUUAUUCGUCAAGUGCUUCAGACAGUCAGCUAACCAGGUCUUAGUAGCAGAACAUCCCAGAUGACGAGUUCUAUGUUUGAUAGGUCUAGUUUUAUCCUGGUUUUGACUGACAGUGAAGUGCAACAUCAAACCUCUUGUCACCUUAAAGGCACAUCUUUUUUCCCUAGUAUUAGAUGAGCUGCAAGGAGAAAAAAAAGACCUUUGUUAGAUUAUCAGUGAGAGCUGAAGCAAACAUUAAGAAAAAAUAGUCACAGUUCAUACCCUCGUGAUGCUCUGUGUAAACCUUUUAUAUAUAUAUAUCAGUUGUGUUCCAGAUAAGCUAGGUCAGCAGGCCUCUUCCAGUCACCAAAUUCACCAAGUGCCAAUAAAAGUUAAAAUAUAAAGGAAAAGGUAUUCUGACCUUUGCUAAAAAUUGCACUACGCUGUACUGCGCAUAGACAUGUUUUUAUACAUGGAAGUUUUGUAUUUACAGAUUAUUAAGUGAAAGGGUCUUUUGUUUGUAAGAGUCUGAUGAAAUAAACAAA